AUGCCGUCCAGCUCCAGUCGCCGCCGCCCGCUGCGGCCGCUCGUACCUGGCCUCCUCCUGUUCCUCCUCGCCAUGGCGCCUCCACCGCCGGCUUCCGCGGUGGGUGUGAACUGGGGCUUCGCGUCCUCCCACUCGCUCCCGGCGGCGCAGGUCGUACGGGGCCUCCUCCUCCCCAACUCCGUUCCCCGCGUCCGCCUCGCCGCCGCCUCCUCCGACGCGCUCGCGGUGCUUGCAGGCACCGGCAUCGCCGUCAGCGUUGGGGUCCCUGACGCGCUGCUCCGGCCCCUCGCCUCCUCCACCAAGGCCGCCACCGCCUGGGUCCACAACAAUGUCACCCGUUACUCCUCCAGCGUGCGGUUCGAGUAUAUUGUUGUUGGGGAUGAGCCCUUUCUUCUACGUCAUGGACAGAAUUUUCAUCCUUUUGUAGUUCGUGCAGCAGAAAAUGUUCAACAAGCAUUAGUCCAUGCAAAAUUGUCUGGCAAGAUGAAGGUGGUAGUACCUUGUAGUGCUGACACAUUCCAGAAUGCAUCUACCCUGCCCUCGAAAGCUAGCUUCAGAUCUGAUGUUAACAAGACCAUGGCAGAUCUCCUCUCAUUUCUUGCCAACAGCAGUUCUCCAUUUAUGGUCGAGCUGGAUCCAUUUUUUAGCUUUCAACACAACAAAAAUAUGUCAUUGGACUAUUACCUUUUCCAACUAAUGUCUCAUCCUGUAAAAGAUGGUCAAAACAAGUAUGACAACUACGUUGAUGCAAGCAUAGAUGCUCUGGUUACUUCUCUAACCAAAGCUGGCUUCAGUGACAUGGACAUCAUUGUUGGGAGAGCAGGAUGGCCAACAGAUGGAGCUGUGAAUGCAACUCCUGCUAUUGCUCAGUCGUUCAUGACUGGCCUAGUCAACCACCUGGCCAAAAAGUCUGGGACUCCACUUCGCCCAAAAGUCCCUCCAAUUGAGAUGUAUCUCUUCAGCCUUUUAGAUGAAGAUCAACGGAGUAUAGCUAGUGGAGGUUAUGAAAGGCACCAUGGCAUUUUUACCUUUGAUGGCCAGGCAAAGUACUAUGCCAACAUAGGUCAAGGUCCUAAAUCACUCAAGAAUACCCCUGAUGUCAAUUACCUUCUAUCAAAAUGGUGUGUGGUAGACAACAAUAAGGAUUUGUCCAAUGUUUCUUCUAGUUUCUCGUCAGCUUGCUCCAAUGGCGACUGCACUUCUCUGUUACCUGGUGGCUCCUGCUCAGGUCUUGCCUGGCCUGGUAAUGUGUCAUAUGCGUUCAACAACUACUACCAGCAGCAUGAUCAGAGUGAGGAUAGUUGCUACUUCAAUGGCCUAGAUACAUUCUUGGUUUCACUACAUCUUAGAAAGUCCAAUCAACAGAAGGUGAAAACUGCACAUGUUGUUGCACACUUUCAGAUUUGUGAAGGAAACGAUUGGGCUAUUGUUGUGCCUCUGUGCCUCUUCGUGAGGUCUGAAAUGGCUGCGCGGCAGAUACUAAUGGCCAUGAAAGAGGAUGGAAAAUAA